AUGGCAAAGGCGCCGAGAUUCUCCACAAGUCGGAUAAUAAUCAAACCGAACUCCGUUAGCGUGCGAGCAUCGAGGCACGACCACGACUUCAGCGGGAGGCUUGUGGACGAGAGCAUGAUCGUCCUCCGCAUGAGGAUACACGAGAUGAUGAGGACGAGCGACGGCCCCCCGAGCGAGUGGAUGGAUUGGGAGAAGGAACUCUACGCGGGUUAUGAUUCGUUGAUAUGCGACGCGGUGGGCCACCUGCAGUCGUAUUUGAUGGACACGAGGCCCGGCGUGGCCCUCGGGAUGGCCACACUAAUUGCUGUGAGCCUACCCAUUUCAACUCUAUUGCUUCUAUACAAUUUGUUGUUGCUCAUUAAAGGUUUCUUAUAA